AUGGGUUUCUUCAAGCAAGCGAUCAUCGCAGCCUGCGCUUCUUCAGCCCUCGCUGUCAAUGUCGUUGUGCAAUCGACUGGCGGUAAUCUCACGGGCAAAUACGGGCAUCCAUAUGGCUAUGGAUUUCUGCACGAGGACAUCAACAACUCUGGAGAUGGCGGCAUCUAUGCUGAAUUGAUUCAAAACCGCGCAUUUCAAUCUAGUCCGCGGUUCAAUGUUUCUACCAAACACUACUUUCCCAUCAACAAUGCCGAUCUGAGCAUCCAAAUGCUUGACGAGCCACUAUCCGAGGCUCUUCCUGCGUCAAUGCGCGUUGCAGCCGCCAACAGCACCGGCAAGGUUGGCUUCAAGAACGACGGGUACUGGGGCAUGGAUGUUCGACAGCAAAAGUAUACCGGCUCAUUCUGGGUCAAGGGUGCAUACAAUGGAUCGUUCACCGCAUCUUUGGAGUCCAACCUGACCUCCGAUGUUUUCGGUUCAGUCGAGGUACCAUCCAAGUCGGUUGCGAACGAGUGGACGGAACACACUUUCGAGCUCGUACCUGAGAAGGAUGCACCAAACUCCAACAACACGUUCUCAAUUACUUUCGAUCCCAAGAGUGCUCCAUCGGCUGGCCUAGACUUCAAUCUCAUCAGCUUGUUCCCGCCAACGUACAAGAACCGCAAGAAUGGACUGCGAGUCGACAUCGCUGAGGCGCUUGCGGACAUGAACCCCCACUUCCUUCGAUUCCCAGGAGGCAAUAUGCUUGAAGGUCUGACAAACGACACGUACUGGGACUGGAAGGACACUCUGGGUCCCUUGAAAGACCGCCCAGGCUUCCAGGGCGUUUGGGGCUACCAGCAAACCCAUGGUCUUGGUAUUAUGGAAUAUCUCGAGUGGGCAGAGGAUAUGAAUCUGCAGAUCGUCCUCGGUGUCUGGGCUGGUCUUGCACUUGACGGUGGUGUCACGCCACAGGAGGAUCUCCAGCCCUUCAUUGACGAUGCCCUCGCUGAGAUUGAGUUUGUGGCUGGACCAGCUGACUCCACUUGGGGUGCUCGCCGCGCUGCGCUGGGCCACCCUGAGCCAUUCGAGCUCAACUACGUCGAAGUCGGCAACGAGGACUGGCUCGCGGGCUUCCCCGGCGGCUGGGACUCUUACAAGGAGUACCGAUUCCCGCUUUUCUAUGAGGCAAUCCGCGCAGCCUACCCCAACAUCACAGUCAUCUCUUCGGGCGCGACCAGCGACCCAGCUCCUGAGGGUGAAACCACAGGACCCAACCUUAAGGAGGGUAUCAAGCUUCCCGCAGACGCGCUGGGUGACUAUCACCCUUACCGUGAGCCAGACGAACUGGUCCAGGAAUUCAACCGCUUUGACAACGACGUUGGCCACAUUAUUGGUGAAGUCGCUGCCACGCACGUCAAUGGCGCCACGCCUCCUCGCUGGAACGGCCCGCUGUAUAAGUACCCAUGGUGGAUUGGGGCUGUCGGUGAAGCAGUCAGUCUGAUCGGGUACGAGCGCAACUCGGACCGAAUCCCUGGUACCUUCUACGCGCCCGUUCUGAAGAACAAUAACCGCUUCCAAUGGCCCAUUACGCUCAUCCAAUUCGACGCCGAUCCGAAGCGCACCACAAAGGCAGUCACAUGGUACUGCUGGUCACUCUUCGCGCAUCACCCCAUCACCCACACUCUUCCUACAUCCUCUAACUCCUCUUACGGCCCAGUGUACUGGGGCGCGGGUCUGGAUGAGCGCCGUAACAAUGCCAUGGUCUGGAAGGGCGCUGCGUACAAUACAACGGAUGGUGCUCCUGUACCGGUUUCCGUCCAUUUCCAGGGCGUGACACCUGGUACCAAGGCAAACCUGACUGUCUUGACCAACGCGGAUGGCGAUCCUUACAUGUACAACGACCCAUUCACUGGCAUCAAUAUUGUGAACACUACAAUCAGCAUGUUGGAGGCCGGCGCUUCCGGCGCUUUCGAGUUCAGCCUGCCACAGUUGAGUGUUGCUGUACUGGACACAGAUGUCAGUGGUGCGCAACAAUCUCGCCUGAAUAACGAGUCCGAAAGUCCACCAAUUUGGUCUCAGGGAGAACAAUCGACUUGUGAACUUGCACUUGCCGCUCCGUUGCCUCCACGCAGGACUCACGAUGCAGCAGACAAGUCAAUUACAGAGUCCAAACCCCCAAGAAAUCUCCACUCGACAUUCACCCCCACUAUGCCGCCCUUUCCAAGCGAACCCGAAACUAACGUUUCAAGCACUACACCGAGACAGUUUCACCCCGCCUCACCCUCCAACCGCUAUAAACCACGCGUCUCAUCCCAUCCGCGCACCGCCUUCGCGAACACUUCUCCCCCUCCCAUUCGCCUGCACCCCAACAGUCCCGCUCAUCCAUGCAUGCACUCGGCUACAAGUAGCUGCUCCAAUCCAUGCGUCGUCGAUGCCAUUGACUUCGUGUAA